AUGGACAGUCUCGAAAUAUCUUCUCAAGAAGAUAUAGCUGACCACCAUGAAAUCAAUUUGCCACCAGUGGAUACAGGCAAACGAGCAUGGUUGUUCUUAGCAGCAUGCUUCAUGAUCGAAGGAUUAAUCUGGGGUUUCACAUUCUCUUAUGGCGUCUUCCAGGAUUACUAUACCACCCACGAGCCAUUCAAGAGCUCCGGUGAUAUCGCUGUGGUCGGAACCUGCGCAAUGGGUAUCUCCUACAUGCUACUACCGGUUGCAUUCUUAUUACUACAAGCAAUUCCCCGCCUCAAGCUGUGGGCAGCACCUAUUGGGUUUAUCAUUAUGUGCCUGGCACUUUCAUUGAGCUCAUUUGCAACCAGCACAACUGGCCUGAUACUGUCACAAGGUGUUGCAUAUGGCAUUGGCGCAAGUCUAGCAUAUGCUCCGACGAUUGUUUUCAUGGAGGACUGGUUCGUACGCCGGAAGGGACUUGCAUUCGGAAUCAUGUGGGCUGGGACUGGUCUAUCAGGAGUGAUUCUGCCAGUCGUGCUGCAGUGGAUGCUAGACACAUACGGUCACAAGACGGCUUUACGUGCCUGGUCCAUUGUCCUCCUAGUAAUGGGUGGUCCCCUUCUAUUCUACCUUCGUCCACGUCUCCCUAUCUCUCGUGCAUCGCACACACGGCCAUUUGACUUCCGAUUCCUUUUAGAUCCAACAUUCAUCAUCUACGAAUCAGGAAACAUCCUAGAAGCGAUGGGAUACUUUCUUCCAACAAUUUACCUCCCCACCUACGCUAAAAGCCUUGGAGCCAGUUCAAUCGAGUCGACGUUGACCGUCAUGGUAUUCAAUCUUGCUUCUGUCUUCGGUUGUGUGAUUAUGGGUUCAAUGGUUGACCGCUACCAUGCUACAACUUGUAUCCUGGGCUCGACAAUAGGCAGUACCAUUGCCGUGUUUUUUAUUUGGGGCUUCGCAGACAGCUUAGCUCCGCUGUACAUCUUCUGUAUCUUCUACGGUCUUUUUGCUGGGUCUUUUACUUCAACCUGGCCAGCUGUUGUUAACGAGAUCAAGAAGAAAAGUGUGUACACAGAUCCCAGCAUUAUCUUUGGGAUGCUCUCAACUGGAAGAGGUAUUGGGAAUAUUAUCAGUGGCCCGCUUAGUGGGGCCCUUCUUGCCCAUAAAUCUUGGGAAGGCGUCGCUGCUAAGGCUUAUGGAUCAGGAUAUGGACCCUUGAUUGUGUUUACGGGUGUUUCUGCAUUCCUAGGUGGCUUAGGCGUGAUUGCAAGGUCUACAGUGCGCUCUUAA